AUGAGCGAAGUCACUCUCAGCGUUGCCCAGGGCAUCGCGACUAUCACAAUGAACCGUCCCAGAAGCUUGAAUGCGAUUACUGCAGACGAUUACGACAAGCUUGCCAAUACUCUUAGAGAGGUCGACAAGCGUGAGGAUGUGAUUGCAACAAUCUGGCAAGCUACUGGGAAAUGGUUCUGCGCUGGCACGGAUGUCAAGAGCACGGGCUCCAAGCUUGUUGAAACAACUGUCCGGCACGCGUUGGUCAACCAGGUCUCUAAAUCACACCUCGACUGUGGACAUGCCUUCGCAUCACAUAGCAAGAUCCUCAUUGCGGUACUAAAUGGACCUGCGAUGGGUAUUGCGGCGGCCUUCCUGGGAUAUUUUGAUUUCAUCUACGCGUUACCCAACGCCUGGUUAUCCACGCCAUUCUCGUUCCUUGGUAUAAUACCUGAGGCCGGAUCCAGCGUCACCUUCGUGAAUAAGAUGGGGUGGGCAAAAGCCAACGAAGCGCUUAUAUGGGGCCGUAAGAUGACAGCUGACGAGCUCCUUGAAUCUCGGUUCAUCAACAAAAUAUUCCCUCAACAAUCCACCGAAGAGUUCCACGCUGCGGUCAGACAGUACACGCUCGAGAACUUGCAAGGUCUCGAUCCAGUGGCCGUCCUCGGGGCGAAGCGAUUAGUUCGGGCAGCUCUAGACGAGAAAAACCAUUUCGACACGGUUCUAUUGCGUGAAGGCUACGCUCAAGCAGAACGGUUUGCUAGUGGUCGACCCAGAAAGCAGUUUGAGAGAAUCGCGAAGAAGGAGAUAAAGCACAAGCUGUGA